AUGUCAGGCGCGCAAGGAGCUCAGCCGAAGGGCGCCUUCACGGCGACCACCUACACAUCGGCGGCUGCGACCACCGGUGGCGGCGUUGCCCAGGGCCAGGACAGACGGCAGACUCCGCGGACGGAGCUCCGAUCUGGCGAGGACGAGCGCGGGCUGCCUGUCAGGAAGAUGGAGGACACCGUCGAGGAUGCCGCGGGCAAGGGCGGGCCGGUGUUCGCCGCCGGCACGGAGGACGGGAAGCUGGAUCUCGGCGUCACCGGCACCGGCUGA